UAUGGCGGACGGGAACCCGAACGCUGGAGAUUCGAAGGAUUCGGAAAAACAUGCAUCGUGGGAUAUCAUAAAAUUUAUCGAGAAAACGCCAUGUUCGAGAGACAGCUUGCUGUAUGGGAUAACUGGAGGCCUUGGUGCUGGCGUGCUAUACUUUUUCAAAUCAAAUCACGUCCGGAGGUCAGCUGACGUUGCUGUUGGAUCAUUUGCACUGAUAUCUGUGGUUAGCUGGGAGCUGUGUAGAUAUAUGAGACACAAAGAACAUCAAAAGAUAAAAAAGACAGUAGAAUUGAUGAAUGAACAGAGCAAAAAUAACAAAGAUGAACCAAAACAAGCAUGAUGAAAUAGUGGUAGUGGUUAUACAUGCAGGGAACUUGAUAUUAUUACGAAUGAUAUUUAAGGAACCAUUCAUUUUUUACUGGGGAGGGAUGCAUUGGGAUUAUUGAGCUUAGGAGCACAGCACAUUUCCAAUACACAGAAUGGGAAAUAAAGUAGGAAUCAUAUUUUUAUGCAACAAUGGGGAGAGGGAGUGGGUCAGACUUUUUGUAUGGGUUACAAAGUAAAUCCCAACCCCCUCCCUGAUAAAAAAUGAAUGGUCCCUAUACUAACACCAGCCACAAAACGUUCAUCAGAAGGCACAAAGGAAAGCUAUCAAGCUGUUUGUUAUUUGUUUCUGUAACUUUGAAAACGUCUUGAUUUAACUACAUGUAAUCUUCAACUUGUUAAAUGAAUGAACAAUAUACAGAAAGCAAAAUACCUGAGGUGCAAUGUCUGAUGUUUCUUUGGUUGCAAAACGUGGAAGAGAAACUUCAAAUGGAGGUUCACUUGAUAAAAUUUUGUAAGAAAGAUGUUGCUGAAGUUUUCCCUGACAGUGGUUAGAGUAAGCUGAAGAAAUAAAGUGCUAUGUCCCUCAAUUUUUUAUGCUUUCAAAAAUAAAGACAAAAAAUGCUGUUU